AUGUCAUUUCAAAAUUUCGAACAGAUCAUUAACUUGAAAGUUAGAAUAACUAAUUUAUUGGAUCAAAUCAUAAUUGGUCAGAUAUAUACAUACUCAUCCUCAAAUGAAGUAAUAAUACUUAAAACCAUAGAUAAAAAAGAAGGACCAUCCACUUAUCGAAUCAUCAAUACUUCAUUUAUCAAAAGCAUUCAAGUUUUACCACCAUUUAAUAAAAAAAACCUAUCUAAUCAAAAGGAUAAUUCAGUUCUCCCAAAAAUCACCGUAGACGACUUAAAGAAGAAUUUGGAUUUUCAAAUUAGUAAUUAUAAUCCCGAGUCCGUGACUGGUCAAGAAGCUGCAAAACAAGGAUCUUCCCAAUCUUCGCAAUCUUCUGGAAAAUCCAAUAUUCCAACUCUUUUAUUCAACAAAUUGGUGAAAUUAUAUGGUGAAAAGAAUGUGAGAUUUAAUGGCAAUGGGAAACAGAAUGAGAUCAUUGUCUAUGAGGAAAUCAAAAUCAUCAAACCGUUUACCAAUAACAAAUCGAAUAUACAGUUAAUGAGAGAUAAUGGAAGCAAAAAGCAUCUAGAUUCGGUACAAAGAGCAUUGAAACAAUUUUGGUUAGAAAUUGAUAAUGAAAAACGAGGUGGUUAA